UCUGUCAGGUGGAGGUGGAUGAGGGGGUGGAGUCUUUGGAGCUGCCCUUCAAAACGAAUAUCCAUGUAUAUGAGAACGGCUCUGACCAGCUUGAAGAACAGGACCAGAUUUACAGAGACCGAACAAAGAUGAAUGAAGACCUGCUGGGAACUGGAGACCUCAGUCUGACCCUGAAUCACCCCACAGAGAGAGACAAUCAUUCUGACCUUCCCACUCUCACACCGUCUCCCAACUCAGCUCAGAUGUUUGAGUAUAAGGACUUGAAUCUGAGCUGCGGCAUUCAAGGAUGGACAGUCAAGAGAUUCAGCACCUUCGAUAAACAAGUGUCCGGAUGUGAAGUCUGGGGAAAAGCUACUUCCUAUGGUUGCACCCUCCACAAAAUCAAGGGGCUCGACAGUGCUGUUUACUGGUGCGAGUCUCCUACACACCAGCGGAGCAACUCAGUCAACAUCACAGUUUAUGAACGAGAAUAUACUCCAGUAAUCCUGCAGAGUCCCGUCCUCCCCGUGAUGAAGGGAGAUAAUGUUACUCUGCUCUGUGAAUCAAAGAACAGUCAAUCCGACAUCCCAGCAACUUUCUAUAAAAAUGAAUCUAUUAUUGGGACUGCGCCUAGAAGUCACAUGAUCAUCUAUAACGUCACAAAGUCUCAUGAAGGCAUCUACAAGUGUAACAUGAGUGUGGGAGUGUCUCCAUCCAGCUGGCUGUUCAUCAUAGAUCCUGAAGAUCCCAAUGCCCCCACCUCAGAUCCUCACAAAAACCUGUCGUCUCUGGGAAUACUGCGCUACAUCUUGGUGUACUGCCCAUAUGUAAUUUCCACAUUCCUCAUGGUUUCUAUAUAUCGCAUGUCUGCAGGAAGGAGCUCACAUGUUUCCAUGACGAUGCCUCCACCCACCGAGGAAGAUGACGAUCAGUCAUAUGAUGAUGUCAUGGCUGACGUCACCACUGAGCAUAAUUUCUAACUUAAACUCUUUGUCAUGU